GAGUGGAGGGGGGAGUGGGCUGUCGGGGGGGUGUGAAAGCCAGCCUCCAUCACACUGCCUCGCCCAUGAGGGUGCAGAGGAACAAGGGGGCCAGCGCCUGCUCACACUCCUCCACGUCCGACUAUGAGCUCUCGCUUGACCUCAAAAACAAACAGAUCGAAAUGCUAGAGCACAAGUACGGGGGCCACCUGAUCUCGCGCCGGGCAGCCUGCACCAUCCAAACAGCCUUCCGGCAGUACCAGCUGAGCAAGAACUUCGAGAAGAUCCGCAACUCGCUGCUGGAGAGCCGUCUCCCACACCGCAUCUCCCUGCGCAAGUUGCGGGUGCACAACACGGAGGGGUUCUCCGCUGAGAAGGCCCUGAUGGAGGGCUACAACUUCAUGGGCAUCCCCCUGGUGCGCUCGCCCUCCCUCCCGACCACCAUCAGCGGGGCUCUGACCGAGUUAGAGGACUCCUUCACCGAGCAGGUGCAGUCCCUGGCCAAGUCCAUUGACGAUGCCCUCAGCACCUGGAGUCUGAAGACCAUGUGCUCCCUCCAGGACGUCGGCACCUACCAGUUCACAGAGACCUUCCGCACAGCCGCGGCGGGUCUAGAAGCGGGGGAGGCAGGGGUGCAGGAGAGCUCGGAGGUGGAGGCCCGGCCGGAUACCCUGCCCCACAGCGGCAGCACCUUGAUGAUGGCUUUCAGGGAUGUCACGGUCCAAAUUGACAACCAGAACUUCUGCAUGUCCUCCUCGCUCGUGGAGUCCACCUCCCUCUCCCUGAGCAACUGCCUCCAGCAGGACGGCCUACAGUCAAAGGACGCUGUGGAGGGGGAGACAGAGCUUAAAGAGGGCCCCCAGGACCCUGGGGAGGACCUGAAUGAGUUCCCUGCCCCACCGCCCAGCGAGGAGGAGGAGGAGCCACUGCUGGCACUGCAGAAGGUCGAGAGCACAGAGCCAGUGGUGGAAGUAAAGAGGGCCGAGUCGGAGACAGCUGACAACAGCUCGGAGCAGACAAGCAGCAGCAGCACCUCCACCUCAGCCAAGUCUGCCUCCGAGGCGUCAUCCAAGGAGGCCCUGCAGGCCAUGAUCCUCAGCCUGCCCCGCUACCACUGCGAGAACCCGUCCAGCUGCAAGUCCCCCACCCUGUCCACUGACGUGAUGAGGAAACGACUGUACAGGAUCGGCCUGAACCUCUUCAACGUAAACCCAGACAAAGGGAUCCAGUUCCUGAUCUCGCGGGGCUUCAUCCCGGACACACCCAUCGGAGUGGCGCACUUCCUGCUGCAGCGGAAGGGGCUGAGCCGGCAGAUGAUUGGAGAAUUCCUGGGGAACAGCAAGAAGCAGUUCAACCGGGACGUGCUGGACUGUGUGGUUGAUGAGAUGGAUUUCUAUGGGAUGGAGCUUGAUGAAGCUCUCAGGAAGUUCCAGGCACACAUUCGUGUUCAAGGGGAGGCCCAGAAGGUGGAGCGGCUCAUCGAGGCUUUCAGCCAGCGCUACUGUAUAUGUAACCCGGACGUGGUCCAGCAGUUCCACAACCCCGACACCAUCUUCAUCCUGGCCUUCGCCAUCAUCCUGCUCAACACUGACAUGUAUAGCCCCAACAUCAAGCCAGAUCGCAAAAUGAUGCUGGAGGACUUCAUUCGCAACCUGCGCGGAGUGGACGAUGGAGCGGAUAUUCCACGGGAGAUGGUGGUCGGGAUCUAUGAGCGCAUCCAGCAGAGAGAGCUGCGCUCCAAUGAGGAUCACGUGACCUAUGUGACAAAAGUGGAGCAGUCCAUCCUGGGGAUGAAAACUGUGCUGUCUGUCCCCCACAGGAGGCUGGUGUGCUGCAGUCGUCUCUUCGAGGUCACCGACGUCAACAAGGCUCAGAAACAGGCAGCGCACCAGAGAGAGGUGUUCCUCUUCAAUGAUCUUAUGGUGAUCCUCAAAUUGUGCCCAAAGAAGAAGAGCUCAGCCACCUACACAUUCUGCAAGGCGGUGGGGCUCCAGGGGAUGCAGUUCCACCUGUUUGAGAACGAGUAUUACCCCCACGGCAUCACGCUCGUGUCUCCCUACUCCGGCUCCGAUAAGAAGCAAGUUUUGCACUUCUGUGCCCAGAGUGCCGAGGAGCUGCUGAAGUUUGUGGAGGACCUGAAAGAGUCCAUCGGAGAGGUGACAGAGAUGGAGCAGAUCCGCAUCGAAUGGGAGCUGGAGAAGCAGCAGGGAACGAACACGAAGAACAAUGGCACACAGCUAGAGCUCCGGGGCAAGCAGCAGGGCUCCCCUCCAGGCAAGCAAGACCUUGAAAACAAGCCAGGGAACAACACAGUAGAGGUGUCAAUUCACAACAGGCUCCAAACGUACCAGCUCAGUGCAUCCCGGACGCAAGAGACUGGAACCCCCCUGGGCCCCCUUCCUAACCAGAGGGGGGGUCUCCAGACAUGCCAGCCCAGAACAGACCUGCCCCUGGACACACUCAUCCAGUGCCAGCAGAUUUUCAAGGUCAUCGUCCUGGACAAGGCCAGCCACGACCACAUGGAGGCCAUCCUGAGCCACACCCCCACUCAUCAGCUGAUCCAAUCAAGCGCCUCCACCCCCAUGAGGUCACCCGAGGGCAAGCUCCAGGGGACGCCCAUGAAGGUCACACAUCAGCCCCCUCUGCCCCCACCACCUCCCCCCUACAACCACCCGCACCAGUACUGCCCUCCCAACCCACUCAUGGACCGGAGGCGCUACUCCAGCGGCUCACGCAGUUUAGUGUGAAGAAACAGCAGCGACAGCGUUUUAUACAGAAUAUUCCGAUAUUAUUAUUAUUAUUAUUAUUAUUAUUAUUGUUAUAUAGAAUAUACAUAUUUAAAAAGAGGAAGACGUAGAAAAAAACAAGACUUCAUAAACUGAACACAAAAGUUUAAGAGUUCUGAUUUAUCCUGUGGUGUAUUUUGAAAUCUCUAGUAGUUUUAACAGAUUGUUAUGACGUUUGUCAGUUCACUACUAGAUGUUGUGGUUGUGUUGUUUUCAUUUUGGCAUCUCUAGCCACACCUUGUAUGAGAUUCAGUCUGAUAUGGCAUUCACUUACUAACUAGAAACUGACUGACUAACCACAGUAAGUAACUAACCAGAAAGGGUUUCAUAUCUCUUUAACACUUUAUCUAGUUGUUUUUUUAUUGUGUGUCUAUGUGAUUGAUCCAAUUGUGUGAUAUGAACUCCUUUUGAACCCUUUGGAGUCUAGGGCGACGUUUGAAUUGAUUUGUGAGUGAAAUGCAAGGGGGUGGUCUGUUUUAACCAGGCUGACGUUUUCAAACCCAUUGUGCGUUCAAGCGCCAGAGAGUCAACAGCCCCCCAUCUCUCUUCAAUCUCAUUACCAGGAAACUGAAAAACAGGAAACCAGUGACCAAGGAAUGAUUAGGAAUGAUUUAAAAAAAAACUAGUGGCAUUGCAAGGGUUAGCCCCGAUACUUCAGGAAUAAUGGAGCCUCUGUUUCUAAUGGUAUAUUUACUAUCCAGCGUCAAGGAUUAUCUAUCCCUGAUCCUUUUAAAACCACUGUACUAAAUGCAUGCUGUCGUGAAUGGGAGCAGGCUUUGCAUAUUGAUGUUUUAUUACUGGUUGUUUUUGAGGGGUUAAAGGAGGGAUACCAAGGUUUUCAAAUCAUGUUUCUUAUCUCUAAUUAGCACAAGAACCAGCCUUUCUUGUUCUGAAGAUCUCUUGGUUUUCUGGUUAUGUUAUUUGAAGCCAGAUUUGCAGAUAUAUAUUAGCUCAAAGAGCCAGCUGCCCAUAUGUAUUGUUUAUAUAUUAUAUACAUACACAAUACACUAUAUAUAUAUAUUGCAAUGUUGUGCUCAUAUCUCCACAGUCAGACUGCCGUUGCAGUGCUGUGCUCAUCUCUCCACAGUCAGACUGUCAUUGCUAUGCUGUGUUCAUAUCUCUACUGAGAGAUUGCCAUUGCAAUGCUGUGCUCAUAUAUCCACAGUCAGACUGCCAUUGCAAUGCAGAGCUCAUAUCGCCACAAUCAGACUGCCGUUGCAAUGCUGUGCUCAUAUCUCCAGUCAGACUGCUAUUGCAAUGAUGUGCUCAUAUCUGCAGUCAGACUGAUAUCACAAUGCUACUGCUGUGCUCAUAGCUCCACAGCCACUGCCAUUGCAAUGUUGUGCUCAUAUAUCCAGUCAGACUGAUAUUGCAGUGCUUUGCUCAUCUCUCCACAGCACUGCCAUUGCAAUGCUGUGCUCAUAUCUCCACAGACACACUGACAUUGCAAUGCUGUGCUCAUAUCUCCAUAGUCAGACUGCCAUUAAUGCAGAGCUCAUAUCGCCACUGAUAUCUUGUCAUGUUAACACUGAUCCUGCCAUUUAAUAUGGCUACAAUUCACUAUUCAUAUUUUAUUAACAUGAAAUUUAAUUUGAGUAAAAGAGCAAAUACCUUUACAGUAUUAACUCCCCACACUUUGUUUUAGUUCUCUUACAAAAAUGCCCCCCCCCCCAUUCCCACCCACAUACUUAUUAACUAUGUAUAUCAUCCAAUCUUUCAGCCACCUGGUUAAAAUAGUUACUGAUGUUACAAGCUCCCUGUGCUUGGCUUUAUUAUAAUCAUUAUGUGUGAUCCACAGACCAGGUGUAGCAGUUUGAGCGCUGAAGGAAUGGGCCAACAGGGUGCCUCUCACCAUUAUUGGAAGGUAAUAGAGUUAUGUGCUCAGUUGUGUCAAAUGAAAUGCGUCCGAUUCACAGAAUUAUGUAAAUAUAGCAGUAUGUUAGGAUUUUCUCCAAAAUGUUUUGCAAUCGAUUUAACACAUAGUGAAAACAUGCUUGAUAGAUUAUUGAUCGUAAUGCAAUUCCUGCUUUGAGUUGUACUCCACCCAGCAAAACUACGGUUCUGCAUUGUAAUUUCUGUAUAAGAUGAAGCUUGCAAUAUUGUCAAAUGGCUUCCUUAUGUUAUGAUAAUUGGGUUGCUAUGUUUCAUACAUGCUUUUGCCUACGUUUGGUUUGUUUGUUGGAGUGUUAGCAUGUUUACGGAUUUUGAAAUUCACCUUGGACAUGCCUCAUCUAACCCUGUAGAGAUAUCUACAGCACGACCCCUGUAGCUUGUAAAACACAGAGUAGCAGAGCUGUUGGAACUUGUCCUCUCUCAGCACUUAUGUUGAAGUUGGUUUCACGUUUCUGUCCCCCUUUUAAUCCAUUUGCUUUCUGUACCCUUUGCAAUGCUUAUGUUUUUGGAACGGGGAGUGCAGCCUGCUGAGUGGUUAUUGAGGUGAUUAUGUAAAACAAAAGCAAGGCUGUGGAUUGUCACACCUGGGCCAGAGGACCAUGCUUCACUUGCUGCAAUCUUCUGCAUUGAACAAGAGGCCUCCUUAUUACAAAAACAUGGGCUGCAGCACCAACAGAACUCCUCACUGUGGAUUCCUGGGGCUGUCACAGGCUGUUAUUGUGGUUGCUACUUUUGAAUCAAAAUUAUUAGGCUCACUGCAUUAUUGCUCCAUGUUCAUUCAGACUCAAACCAGGCACAGGAGCAGCAUGUCACUGCAUCAGUAAAACUGGCAAUGGUCUUACAUUCAAUAAUCCCUAAUGAAAAUGCAGAGAUACAUUGAAAUAAUCUCUUUAAUAUAGUUAUAACAGCCCCAUAAACUUUGAUUUCAUUCAGUCUCUUUGGAGAGGAAGAAUGCUUCUACCCAACAUCAAUUCCAUGAAGCUGCAGCUUGAUCCAUGAUUUGCAGCAUCCUCAGAAUUUGUGCUGUGAAAGGUUAUGUCCGUACAUCUGUUCCAUUAGUUAUUUACAGCCCCUGUCAAUGCCUUCAGCUCUUAAUUCAGUCCACAGUAGAUACAGCACUGCAUGUCUUUUGAUUUUGUAGCUGUUGCUCCUUGUUAGUGAAUGUGGACUCUGGCCCAGUGUACUGUAUGUCGUGGAAAUUAUAAUAAUGUAGCAGAAUGAGGGUGAUUGCUGUUUUUACAGGCUUUAGAAGAGAAUGCUGCAUCCAGCAGUUAAUAAACACAGUUCAUUUGGGAUGCCCAGGUUGAAUCUCCCUGUAUGGGACUAUUGGAAACAUCAUUAAUAUAUAUUUCAGAUAUAUUUUUGGAAAGUUUCCUUUGAGAAUUGGUGAACAACAGGUUUUUUUAAUAGUAUAUAUUUCUACUCAACUUCAAUAGAGAGAACCCCUAACUGAGGGGACUAGAGCCAGCCUCUUUAACUGAGGGGUCUUGAGCCAGCCUCUCUGAGGGGUCUUGAGCCAGCCUCUCUGACUGAGGAGUCUUGGAGCCAGUCUCUGAGGGGUCUUGAGUCAGCCUCUCUAACUGAGGGGUCUUGGAGCCAGCCUCUCUAACUGAGGGGUCUUGCAGCCAGUCUCUAACUGAGGGGCCUUGAAGCCAGGCUCUCUAACUUAAGGGUCUUGGAGCCAGCCUCUUUAACUGAGGGGUCUUGGAGCCAGUCUCUAACUGAGAGGUCUUGAGCCAGCCUCUCUAACUGAGGGGUCUUGAAGCCAACCUCUAACUGAGGUGUCUUGGAGCCAGUUUCUAACAUGGAGGGCUGUUCUUCAGCCAAGCACUUCCUGCGUGUAUCAAGGCAUCAGAGGUUCACCUUUGCCAAGCUGCUCGACACUGCAAUGCUGUUUGAAACUCUGGGACAGCGGGUCACUUUACCUGCCGUUCAUAACAAUCAGCACUGUGGACUCAAGCUGGGCUCCAUGAGGGGAGAAAAGCUUUAUUAUUAUAGAAGUUGCACAACAAAACUCUUUUUGCAAACUGUUUUGUAUAUAGAACACUAGAGGCUUAUUGAAGAGGUGUGUGUGCCAAUGAAACUAUAAAUAUAUACAGAAAAGAGAAAAUCUGUAUUUUAU